AUGCACCAUUCAAUGAAACUUCCUGUCUCACCUAUCGUGGACAAAAUGUUUUCACGAUAUUCGAAUUUUUGUGUUUCUAAAGUUAAAAGUGCUGCGUUAAGUCGGGCAUACAGCGUUUGUGCAAACAGAUCUUAUUCUGGCGUUGAGUUGGACCAUUUACACCACGAGAAAAAAUGUGGGCUUUUCUUGUUUAGUAUGGGAAGAAACAAAUGUUGUCAGCGAAGGCCCCUCUCCUCACAAUCUUCACCGGAAAUAGCGCCUCAUCCGCCCAUGGUUUUAAAAUUUCUGUCCGAAAGCACCCCAGUGCUUUUUGCUCAAGAAAACCUAGUCCUUCUUCACGAUCUGACAUGUCUACCGUGGUGGGCCACGAUAAUUUCUUCAACUAUCAUACUCCGCACAGCAGUAACAUUACCACUUGCUGUGUAUCAGAAUCAUGUACUAGCCAGAUAUGAAAACAUACUUCAAGAAAUGCCUGCUAUUGUAAAGGAAUUGAAAGCAGAGACGGCGUACGCUGUGAAAAAAUUCCAGUGGACAGAAAAGCAAGCAAGAGUAAUAUAUAACCGCUCAUUGCGGAAGCAGUUAAAAAAGUUAAUUAUAAGGGAUAACUGUCAUCCAGCCAAAGCAUCAUUACUAGUGUGGGUUCAGAUUCCAAUGUGGAUUUGUUUGUCGGCAUCUCUGAGGAAUUUGGUGUACAUGUUACCACAGCAUUCAGUAGGUGCCGAGAUAAAUUUUGUUCAACUUACUAAGGAGGGAUUGCUCUGGUUCUCAGAUCUUACUUUGCCUGAUUCAACUUUCAUAUUGCCAUUAAUUUUUGGCAUGACAAAUCUUGCCAUUAUUGAGAUUGUGUCACUCUCAAAGGUUAAAACUCCUGGAAAAUUGCAGAAAUUUAUUACAAAUUUUUUCAGGGUUCUUACAAUAGGAAUGACUGCAAUAGCAACACAGGUGCCUUCUUGCUUAACAGUUUAUUGGGUGACGUCCAGUUUCUACGGCUUGGUACAAAACAUAGUUCUUAUGUCACCACGUGUCAAGAAAUUCUUUAGAAUACCAGAAACCCCAUCCCAACUAAAACAUCCAUACAGGCAUAUUUACAAGCGCUUAAGGGAGAAAUUAGAUAAACUGUUUACUUUUGGAACACAAGUGUCAAAGGAGAAGUAG